ACUUUAUAGAGCACGAUGCCGACUGAUACAGGACGCAUGUGUCAAGACGAGCUGAAAAGUGGAUGAUGUUGGUGAUGUCGGUGCGGCAGUAGCGUAGCCAUGAGUGGGCGAGGGCGAGGGCGGGCCCGCGGGGGAGGCCAGAAUGAUGCCGCAGAGCCGCGGCGGUCCCGUCGCUUCACCAACCCCAUCAAGAACACCCCAAUCAACACCACCAUCCGCUUCAGGCAGCUGCCGCAACACAAACUGGACGAACUGGAGCAGCUUGAGCAGGGCACCUCGCUGUCGACAGAGGAGGAGGAGGAAUUCGAGGAGCUCAAGGCCCUGUGGGCCAAGGGGAGGUGGAGCUCCGCCGAAGGGAGUGAUGGUUCGGCACCACACACACACACACACUCUCUCUCUCUCUGUGUGCAUGUAUCGGUGCGUGUCUGUUGCUUGGUCAGGGAAGGCGAUUCUCGACAUGAAAGGCUGCUAGAAAAUCAAAGUGAGCACACCAUCUCUCUCCUUUAGCUCUCUUCUAUCAUGUGUGUCAUGCAGGCCGAGUAUCGGUUCUGCAUGAGGAAUGAGUACCCACGCUGCGCCCUCCUCCUGCUGCGACGGCUCAAGUGAGCGCCCCUCUGCUUCUUCACCCACUCGCCACCGCACACACGACACACGAACACCUGUCGUUGUCUGCUCCCUGCGGUUGAUGUUUUCAGCGAGCACCUUAUUAUGAACACGCCCCUCCGGGUCUGCUCGACGAAAAGCGUAAGGCUGCUGCACAGGCUGCUGCACUGGAGCUACAAGAGGAUGGCCUCCAGAUCGACGAUGCCGGCCCAGCAUCGGCCAUCGCCGACGUCAUCGAUGUCGAUUCGCUGAUCAACGACUGGCUAUGUGAGGUGAAUGUCUGGAAGGUGCCCAAGCCAGAGGGCGGGCAGCCGCGGGCGGAGGGGGCUGGCGAUGUGGUCAAGAAGGAGCCGACAGAGGGAGAGGAACACGGGGAGAGGCUGCCUGGCGCUGAGGAUGGCUACGAUGGGGCGAAUGGAGAGGUAGGGGGGACACACAGGCAGGGUGCGUGGAUCUGAUGAGUGUCUGUUUAUUGUGUGUGUGUAGUUGGGUGACUUGAUGGGCGAAGAUGCCGUGAUGGAGGACAAUGAGGAGGAGCAAGUAGCUGAUGAGCUCAUGGUGAGCGACGCAAUGACAACAGAGACAACACACACAUGAGGUUUGAAACUCCCUCGCUGUUCUCAUCUCAGGCGGAUGCGGAUGGGUCUCCCGGCGAGCAAGGCCACGAUGAGGACACUGACCAGCAAGUAAGAUGGACAAUGCACCAUGCGGAUGUGUCAAUAUACCCACGUACUUCUAUGUGUGUCAAUAUCAGGAUGGCGCGUUUGUAGCUGAUGACGGUCCUGCUGCUGCUGUGGACCGAGUGCCGCAGAACGGGGUACACACACAGGCAGGCACACAGAUGGUUGAGCACCCACCGGACGGACAUCCCUCUCUCCCUCUCCCUAUAUGUGCUCUAGUGUCAGGCUAGUGCUGCCGCUGCUGGCGAAGCGCCCGAUUCGCCGGUAGAUGUGGACAUCGUGCCCACCGUUGCCAAGCAAGAGACCGACGCACACAUGGUGACCCCCCAUACAUGAGUACAAUAUGUACCCCACAGACGCACAUAUGCCUCUCUGCGUGCGUGUCACCCAUCAGCCACCUGCCGGUGAGGAGUCGACCGUCCACGUGUUGGCCACGAUGCGAUCCGACCUCAUCAGCCACCCCUCCAGGCACCCACACCUUCCGAGGGUCAAGACCGAGGCGGACGGCACCACCACACCCAUCCCGUCUCUCGCAGAGUGCCACAGAAUCGCCAAGGACAUCUACCAGCAGCAGAUGGCGGGCAAAGCGUUCAAGGCGCUUAAGUGGCGGGUGGCGCGUGAGAUACAGAGGUGCCUGCUGAGCGCCGAGAAGUACGGCUUUCACGCUUGGCGUUGGGCGAGGUGGUGCGAGCGGGCGGUGCCUGGCUCUGGGGAGGUGCCGGACUGGUGCCAGCUGGAUGUGUUUCGCCAGGUGGGUGGGUGUCCCUCUCACACACACAGACACAUUAAUGCUGCAAUCCUUGUGUGUGUGUGUAUGUGUGUGUGGUGUGUGCAGGUUGAGGUGCGGCUCCCGGGCGGUGACACUGAGGUGUGGCAGAUGAACGGGGCGGAGCGGGUGUACAUGCACAGCCAGGGAGGCGUGGAGGAGCUCAUCGACAUCACAACCACACAGGACCAAGUGAGACCACACACCGCUCCGCUCCGUGCACCAUCUGUGUCAUGGGUGGGGUGUUGUGUGUAUUGCUCAGGCCGACGCGCCAGUGCACAUCAAAGAAGAGCCUCACAACGAGGGCGAAGAGGAUGAGCACAACGACGCCCUUGACGAGGGCGAGAAUGACGUACGUCAGAGUGGCAGAGUGGCUGUGUGCAUCUCUCUCAUUGUCUUGUGAAUGUGUGUGCGCAGGGUGGCGCGGGUAGUGAUCAAGUGCCCGACAAUACGCCCCCUCCUCCAGACACCAUGCCACCUGCCGACCAAGGUAAGCCGCACAUACGCCCCACCGCAGAAGCACAGAAACAUGCAUCUGUCUGUCUGUCUGUCUGCGUGCGUGUGUGUGGGUCUUUCAGGUGCCCCUGCCUCCCCUGUGCGCCGCCCAGCUGCCCCUCGUCCGGUGAUCAAGCUCAUCACCAUGGAGGAGUGGCAGACGACGCACCGCCAGGCCAUCUACAAGACGUUCGUCGACUUCUGUCGCUCCAAAGGUGAGUGACGGCAGCAGAUACACACGAGCAUGUGCUUAUCUAUGGCCGGCCGUGUGUGUAUGUCCAGUGUCAUCGUCGAGCAACGCCCAGGGCGCCUACAAGGUGGCCAAGUACAAUGACCCCGGCAUCUGGCGCAUCGAGCCACGAGAGCUCAGGCCUGGAAUGGCCCACCCACACGUUAUCAAGGUCACCUUCGCACUCAACGAGACCGCGACCAUCUCCACCGACUGGCUGAAGAAGCGCGCUGCCGAGCCGAGCUUCGAGCGGCUCUUCCGCACGUCCUUUGAUCGAUGGUUCCGUCUCCACAAGGCGGUCAUACUGCGUCAGUUGGGCGAGAACCUGCUCCCGCAGAUGCCGCGUGACUCGCAGCUGACCCGCAAUGUGCCUCAGAGGGCGAGGGAUGGUCUGCAGGAGGCCCCUGCUGCUGCCACGGCUGCUGCUCGUGUUGAUGCGCCUGAACUUGGUCAUGGCGAGGCGACGGGGACCGCCGAGAGGAUCCGAAAGCGCAAAGAACGACGACGGAUGGAGGUCAGAGCACGACACUUAUGCAGGGGUCGGUGGGUGGGUGGAUCUCUCUGUGUGUGUGUGUGGGUGGGUCCAUGUGUCAUGCUCAGAAGGAGCGUGCCAGCGCUGCUGGACGUGGUGUGGCGCCCCUGAUUGCGGUGAAGACGGAGCCAGGAGUAGAGCAGGCAGCACCGGUAAGAAAGGCGCACACCUGUCUGUGCAGUGAUUGCACCCAUCGCUCUGUGUGCAUUCAGGCGGUCUUCAGGCCAGUGCCGAUCAAGCAGGAGCCGACAGAUGAGCCGACGGACCCACAGCCGCCAUUUAUGCCGCGCGAUAGCGAUGUCAUGCCGCUUGCAGGUGACGCCAACACACACACACACACACAUCCGUGGCAUCAUCUCGUUUGCCCAUUCUGUCUCGUGAUCCACUCAGCGGUUGACAACGGCGUCCCCCCACUACCCCCGCCAGCAGCACCAGCAGCAGCCAAGCGCCCGCGCCCGGGGCAAGGAGAAGGAGACCUGGCGCGUGGCGUGUCGCUGCUCAAGAAGAGGAAGAAACGCAAGACGGCCAAGAAGAAGGGCGCCGACACUUCGGCCAACGAGGUGGCGCCGCGACACGACGACGGCGAGGACGAGGGCGAGGAAGAGGACAUUGACGCCAUGUGGGAAGAGGCGAAGAAGGACGACAGUGCGCCGAUCCCGCACCCUCCUCUGUCGCAUCACCCCUACUUUGCCAUGGCGCCGUACGGACAGCCGCCACCGCCCCCCUACCCCGGCCCUCUGCACGCGCACGACAUCGCUGGCUUCUACUCGCAUAACGGCUGGACGCCGCCCUCCAUGGCCAUGCCGCCGCACAUGCCGCAUACCGUCGAGCCGCCGCCCCCCGCAGAGCUGGGCGACGGACACAUGGACCACAGCAGUCUCUUCGACCAGGAGAUGAACGAGAGCAGUGCGUCAGCAUCGGUGGCUGGCGCUGCCGCUUCUCGGAUGUGGCAGGGAGGGUCGGAGGCUGCCAAGGGCGGUGGUGUUGAUGCGGCCAUGGUGGUCCAGUCAGUGGGCGAGAAGAAGGACUCGUCGGUUGAUGAGGCCAAGAUGGAGGAGGGGGAGGUCACCUUAGCCCCCCCGCAACAGCAGGCCGCCGACAGUGUCACGCUUCGCGUCACGGCUGAGGCCAGCAGCGAUAUGUGGAGCGACUUCCCGCCAUUCUGCUGGAACAACCUCGUCGGCGAAAACGGGGUACUCGGCCAUAUCGAGCGCUCGGAGAACUUCCAUCCUGUCGACGAGAGCAUCGUCACAACCGUCACGCCCCCAAGCCGGCAAGACGGGAGAUUACGGUGAGGGGAUGGACGGUGUCGGGGAGGGCAGAUGGAUGGAGAUGUGCGUGUCUGUGUGUCUGUCUGCGUGGAUGCAUCCAGGUGACGAUGAAAGGGGCGGUCAACAAGGUCGCACACGAGGCCAUCAACCUCUUUGGCGCUUUCCGGGCCGGCGUCAACAACG